AUGAGCUUAGUUCUUUUCUCUCUGUCUCUGUCUCUCUCUCUGUCUCUGUCGCUCUCUCUCUCUCUCUCUCUUUGGCGUUUGGCCAGGUCGUACAGAAAUAUCUCUCGAACUUCACUUUCCUCUACUUUUCUUUCUUUCUUUCUUUCUUUCUUUCUUUCUUUCUUUCUUUCGUUUUUAUUUCUUAGUCGAACUUCACUUUCCUCUACUUUUCUUUCUUUCUUUCUAUCUUUCUUUCUUUCUUUCUUUCUUUCUUUCUCGAACUUCACUUUCUCUCUACUUUUCUUUCUUUCUUUCUAUCUUUCUUUCUUUCUUUUCUUUCUUUCGUUUUUAUUUCUUAGUCGAACUUCACUUUCCUCUACUUUUCUUUUUCUUUCUUUCUUUCUUUCUUUUUCUUUCUUUCUUUUCUUUUUCUUAGUCGAACUUCACUUUCCUCUACUUUUCUUUCUUUCUUUCUUUCUUUCUUUUUUUCUUUCUUUCUUUCGUUUUUAUUUCUUAGUCGAACUUCACUUUCCUCUACUUUUCUUUCUUUCUUUCUCCCUUUCUUUCUCCCUUUCUUUCUUUCUUUCUUUCUUUCUUUCUUUCUUUCUUUCUUUCUCGUUUCUAUUUUACCUUGAACAUCUCUACUGA